AUGACGGAAAAAGAUAGUAUAGUUACUCGUCAGAGUAAAGAACAAUUAGUGACUCUUAAUCGCCAAAGAGGUGCUUACAAAGGACAAAUAACAAGAAUAGCAACAUUCCUUGAGGAUGAAAGAACAAAGGAUUCCUUGGAAUAUCAAGUGAAAUUGGAUAAUCUGCACAAGCUCGUUUCAAAUUUGGAUGAAUUAAAAUUAAAAUAUUUUGAAGUGGUAAUUGAUGAAUCAGACUUAGAAAAGGACCUAGCCGUCUUCACAGAAAUUGAAGAACUCGCUGAAAACUUAGAGGUAAGACUGAGAAAAUUCUUACUUUCUAAUACUAGUAGUAAUCAAAUUGAAAAUCGAAAUGAUUUGAAUAAUUACAAAAUAUUUAGUUCGAAUGUUAAUUUUAAAUUGCCUGAAAUGCCAUUGCCAAAAUUUUCUGGAAGUUAUCAGGAGUGGUACACAUUCAGGGAGCAGUUUCUCACAUUAAUAGAUUCUAAUGACAGCUUAAAUGACACGCAGAAAUUAUAUUAUUUGAAAUCGACUUUAAGUCAUAGUGCAUUAGAGGUAGUUAGUAAAGAUGAUUCUUAUACAUCCCUCUUUAAGGCUUUAGAAGAUCGGUUUGAAAAUAAAAGAUUCAUUGUAAAUUCUCACAUGAAUGAAUUAUUAAUGGAAGUGUCAAAUCAAGAUCCAGCAAAAAGUCUAAGAUCGGUAGUUGACGGAUGUCUUAAGCACAUUCGGGCUCUCAAAACGAUAGGUUUGGAACUUAAUAAAUUUUCCGAAGUAAUGUUAAUCAAUAUCAUUCUCAAAAAAUUAGAUAAAGAAACGAGAAAGCAGUUUGAACUUUCAUUGACCUCCACGGAAUUACCCGCUUGGGAAGAAUUUAUAGCCUUUUUGCAAAAACGAUGCUUAGUUCUAGAAAAUUUACAUAGCAAUGCAACCGUAAAACCUAAGAAUUUAACAUACGAAAAGAACCAAAAAUUUAAGAAUUUGAUGGUGAAGAAUAAUGCCGGUGAAAGAAAUACAAGUUGUAGUGUUUGUCAAUCACCUAAUCAUUCUAUUUUCAAGUGUGAUAAAUUCUUAAAAUUAGAAGGAUAUGAUAGAUAUUUAACAGCUAAAAAACUUAAUCUUUGUUUGAAUUGUUUGAGUACUAAACAUAAAAUUGUGCAGUGCCCAUCAACAUUCCUUUGUUCCAUCUGUUCGAAAAAACAUCAUAGCUUGCUUCAUCGAAAGGAGUCCUUGGCGCCAAUUAGGAAUCGUAGUCUAAAUAGCGACAGUAAUAGCCUCAUAAAUAAAAAGGAUAUUCCUUCCGCUUCAAAGGAUACCGGCACUAGGAAUGACGUAUCGUCUGAAAUUUCGCAAUCGUUAUGCAGCGAGAUUUCUCGAUCAGAACAUAUUUCAAAUAAGGUGUUGUUAGCAACUUCUGUUAUUUAUGUGGAAGAUUUAAACGGCGUUAGAAUUCCAGUUCGUGGAAUUUUAGAUUGUGGAAGUCAAUUAAGUCUGACCACGAAUAGAUUAGCUCAGUCUUUAUCAGGGAAGAAGAAGAAAGCUAAAGUAUUAGUUUCGGGGAUCAACGGAACCGUUUCUAGUAUAAAAUCCAAAAUGCAAAUACGGAUCUCAAAUAAAGAUAAUUCUUUUAGUAAAACAAUUGAAUUCUACAUUGUUCCAAAAAUAACAACUUGGGUACCUUCAAAUGAUCUGGAUACAACCAAUUUAGAAAUACCAAAAGAUAUAGAACUAGCCGAUUCUAACUUUGGAAAAUCUGCUAGAAUAGACGUGCUUAUUGGAGCUGAACUUUUUUUCGAAAUCCUAAAAUUUGAAAAACAAAAAGUUUCUAGCUUAAUAUUUCAAAACACCGUCUUCGGGUACAUAGUUUCCGGAUCACUAGGGAAUCAAGGUUUGCAGACAUUUUGCGGUUUAACAAAACAAACUGAUGUAUUAGAAGAAAAUCUUCAAAAAUUUUGGAAAAUAGAAAGUGUUGAGGACGAAUUUAUUCCUCUCAGUGACGAAGAAAAAAAAUGCGAAAAUCAUUUUUUAGAAACAUAUCACAGAGAGAACACAGGAAGAUUCGUAGUUACUAUGCCGCUAAAAGAAGAUCCGACAGUUUUAGGGGAUUCAAAAUUAGUUGCUGAGAAAAGUUUGCAGCAGUUGUGGAAUCGUCUGGAGAAAACUCCCCUAAUGCGAGAACUUUAUUAUAAGUUUAUUGAUGAGUACGAAACUCUUGGUCACAUGACUAAAAUCAAGGUUAACAAAGAAGAUGCAGGUUGUUACUAUCUUCCACAUCAUGGAGUUUACCGUUCUGAAAAUCCUACAACCAAGCUCCGUGUAGUAUUUAAUGCUUCAAGCCCUUCAACGAAUGGUAAAUCAUUGAAUGAUAUUCUUUUUAAGGGUCAAGUUAAGGAAGAGCUUUACGAAAUAAUGAUUCGUUUUAGAAAACAUAGGUUCGUGUUUCUCGCUGACAUCGAAAAGAUGUACAGACAAAUAUUGAUAAAUCCAGAACAAAGAAAAUUAUUGAGAAUUUUAUGGAAAUCCGAUCCUAAAGGCCCGGUAGACACCUUUGAGUUAAACACCGUUACUUACGGCACAUCGUGCGCACCGUUCUUAGCAAUACGAACUUUGAAACAGCUGGCUGAAGAAGAAAUAGAAAAAUUUAGCAAAGCAUCUGAAGUCCUUAAGAAUGAUUGUUACAUGGAUGAUGUCUUAAGUGGAGCAGACAGUAUUAAAGCUACACAAGAACUUCAAUGCCAACUAAUAGAACUUUUGAAGUCUGCUGGAAUGCACCUUCAUAAGUGGAAAGCAAAUGAUUCCAAAUUACUUGAUUGUGUCAAUAAUGGAUCUUCGGAAAAUCAUUCUUUCUUAGAGAAUGAAACUAAAGCAUUAGGAGUGACUUGGAAACCCACACCGGAUGUCUUCACUUUCAAGGUAAAAAUUGAACACCGUGAAAAAUUAACUAAAAGGACUAUACUCUCGGACAUUGCGCGACUCUUCGAUCCCCUUGGUCUAAUUGGACCCGUGAUAACCAGAGCCAAAACCUUCAUGCAAGAACUUUGGAAACUAAAAUUAGACUGGAACGACCCGGUUCCAGAUUUUAUAGCGAAUUCCUGGAUACGUUUCACACACUCUUUGAAAUCUUUAGAAAGUUUGACCAUUAGUCGUUACAUUUUGAGCCCGUGUGCAAAACUUAUAGCGUUGCAUGGAUUUGCAGAUGCCUCAUCUAUUGCCUUUGGAGCCACUGUCUACCUCCAAUCUUCAUCUCCUUCCAAAACGUCUUGCCACUUAAUAAGUAGCAAAUCUCAAGUAGCUCCUUUGAAAACCUUAACUAUACCUAGACUAGAGCUUUCAGCAUGCCUGCUAUUAAGCAAGUUAGUCGUCAAAGUUUUGAAAUCUUUAAAACUGGACAUUGGAAGUAUCUAUUUAUAUACUGAUUCUAAAAUAGCCUUAGCAUGGAUCGAAACCCCGCCAUGGAAACUAAAGACAUUUGUGAGCAAUCGGGUGGCUAAAAUUCAGCACCAUACUCAGAACUUUCAUUGGCACCACAUUGCGUCUGGAGAUAAUCCCAGUGAUUUAAUAUCGCGCGGCUUAGAUGCUACAGACUUGGUGGACAAUUCCCUUUGGUGGUAUGGCCCGGACUUUCUCACUCGUCCUAAUAGUUUCCCUGAACCAGCAAGCCCUCAUCUAUCCUCAAAGGACCAGGUAAUAAUAUUGAAAGAAAUGAAGGACAUUUCUACUGAUACUUCCACUAAAGAAACUACCAGCCUGUGUGGACUUACAAAGUUAGCUGUUUCAUCAACACCUAAUGACUUUAGAAAUGAUCUUUUUUCUAUAAGCAAUAAUUUUAUGAAACUAAUUAGAAUUUUUAGUUUUAUUUUUAGAUUUGUUUAUGACUGUCGACAUUUAAAUAGCAGAAGGUCAGGACCACUGACAGCAAUAGAGCUUAAAAGUAGUGAAACCUGUUUGGUUAAACAGGUACAAACGAUUUGUUUUGCUGAAGAUAUCCAAAAUCUGAAAAAUCAGAGUUGUCUUUCAGGUAAGAGUAAAUUAAAGUAUUUGAACCCUUUUUUAGAUCCAGAAGGUGUACUUCGAGUAGGAGGUCGCUUGGACCAUUCUAAUCUUAGCUAUGAGAAAAAACACCCAAUUGUAUUGCCCCACGACCACAAAUUGGGUGAAAUUAUCUUUGAAUAUUUUCACAAGAAGUUUUUUCAUGUUGGACCACAAGCUUUAUUGCAUCAUGUCCGGCAAAGUUAUUGGAUAAUUAAUGGAAGAUCACUAGCUCGUAAAAUUGUUCAUAAGUGUUUAGUCUGUUUUAGAAAUAAACCUAGAGGAAUCAAUCAAAUAAUGGGAAAUUUACCCUCAGAAAGAGUAAACCCUAGUCCCUCUUUUAAGGAGUGUGGAAUUGAUUUUUGUGGUCCUUUCUCCAUUAAAUACAAAAAUCAAAGAAAAGGGACUCUCAAUAAAAUUUUUGUAGCAUUAUUCGUUUGCCUCGCAACCAAGGCAAUACAUUUAGAUAUAGUAACUGAUUUAAAAUCAGAAUCAUUCAUUGCUACCCUUAAAAGAUUCUUCGCUCGCAGAGGUAAAAGUUCCACAAUUUUAACGGAUAAUGGCACUACUUUUGUUGGUGCAAAUACUGAGCUUAAGAAAUUGCAUGCCUUAGUUAAAAAUCCUGACGACACUUUAAGUGAUUAUUUGGCUUCUGAGGCUAUUUACUGGAAAUUCAUCCCUCCCCGCUCACCCAAUUUUGGUGGAUUAUGGGAGGCUGGGGUGAAAUCUUUUAAACACCACCUCAAAAGAUCAGUAGGUAGUUCCCCUUUAACUUUAGAGGAAUUUUGGACCUUGAUUGUCCAAAUAGAAGGCAUUUUAAACUCUCGCCCUUUACUCCCUUUGUCGUCGGACCCUAACGAAAUUGAAGUCUUAACGCCAGCUCAUUUCUUGAUAGGUCGUCCAAUAACGUCGAUAGUGGAACCAGAUAUCAGUAGUAUUAGUGAUAACAAGCUGUCUAGUUGGCAAAAAAUCACUAAAAUGCCACAAAAUCUAUGGAAAAGAUGGCAGCACGAUUAUCUUAACCACCUUCAACAACGAAAUAAAUGGUUCAUUGAAAAGAAAAAUCUUAAAGAAGGAACCAUGGUGAUCAUUAAAGAUGAAAAUUUACCCCCUUGUAAAUGGUCUCUAGGUCGAAUCCUUAAGAUCAUUGCUGGUUCUGAUGGAAAGGUUAGAGUGCUAGAAAUUAAAACACUAUCAGGUGUAGUAAAAACAGCAAUAUCGAAAAUUUGCCCUCUUCCCCUAGAAGGGAACGAAUAA